AGGAAGCAGCAGCCAGCCCGCCUCCCCCAGCCUGCCUCUGAUGGGAGGGCUUAGGGGCAUGAGGUGCAGCAGGGCCCGUGGGGGAGGACAGAGGACAGCCAGGAGCCCCUCUUCAAUGUGCUCAGGGGUGUUUUGAGAGUUAAAGCAUCACAAAUGUCUACCCCCACUUUUCCAUGGCUGGCCCGAUGGGGCUCCCCCGACGGGGCUCCCCCAGGCAUCUCCUGGAGGUACCAUCAAGGGGCCGCGGGAGUAGUCUGAGCUGCUGGGGGUGGGGACAAGUCUGGUGACUUGCCCUGGCCCUGCUGUGGUCCAGGUCCCUGCUGCCAGGUGGGGCCAUGGUUUUCUCUGCCCUUUCUGGAAAGAAAAGCUACGGGCCCUGCUGGCGGCUCUGCAGAAGCGCGGAGCGGAGUCUUCCCGCUCCACCCCCCGAAAUGUUUCUGUUUCUAAUCCCAGCCUGGGCAGGAAUGUGGCUGCCCGGCCAGGGGCCAAGGAGCUAUUUUAGGGUCUCCUGCCCGGAGAGGGCCUGGCUCUACCACCCGCCUCCCCCAGGCUUUGGCCAGCAGGUCACCCCUGGCCCUGGCUCCUGAGAGUGUCCCCACCCAGCUCUACCACCCCUUCCCCACCUACUGCCAAACAAAAAGUAUAAAGCAGGGGGCCCAGGGGCUAAAUUUAACUAUCCCAAAGUUGGAAUCCAUCUGAGUCACUGGAGAAACUGCCCUGGCCUGCCCCACCCCCCCAGGCCUCAGGCCCUUUCUCUGCCUCCCCCCAGCUAUGGUGCUUGAGGGAGAUGCAGGGGGAGCUACUGGGUCAGUCGGCCUCGAUUGGCCAUCUGGACAAUGGGAGGACUCAGCGUAGCUUAUGCCGCACCUCUUCACUGGGAAGCAGAAGCUGCGAGAACUGAUUUUUCAGUCCUUGUCUUAGCGCUGAAAGGGUCAAUGGUGCCCAGGAAGGGGGUGUUGGGGGGCUGGCUCCUGAGGGGUUAAAAGUGGGAGGCGGGAGGGGGCUGGACUAGGGGGUGGGGUGAGAAGAGGAGGCGGCUUCAGCCGCAGAGAAGUGGCCAGAGAGGCCCAGGGGACGGCCAGGGACAGGCAGACAUGCGGUCAGAGCUCCGGGGCCUGGGCAGGGUCUGCCAGACCCCGUAAGAGGAGGACCCCGAGCCUCGGCCCCGGGAGGGGCCAUGGUGCUGCCCUCCCGACAUGUCAGCCGAGGUGCGGCUGAGGCAGCUCCAGCAGCUGGCGCUGGACCCCAGCUUCCUGGGGCUGGAGCCCCUGCUCGACCUUCUCCUGGGCGUCCACCAGGAGCUGGGUGCCUCCGACCUGGCCCAGGACAAGUAUGUGGCCGACUUCUUACAGUGGGUCCCUUCUGGAAAGUGUUUCGCAAAGUGCUCCAAGAGCCAUGCGCACGGAGCACACGAGCGGAGCCGGUUGUGGCCAGGCUUAAGGAGAUCCGACUGCAGAGGGACGAUUUUGAGAUUCUGAAGGUGAUUGGACGCGGCGCGUUCAGCGAGGUAGCGGUGGUGAAGAUGAAGCAGACGGGCCAGGUGUAUGCCAUGAAGAUCAUGAAUAAGUGGGACAUGCUGAAGAGAGGCGAGGUGUCGUGCUUCCGAGAAGAGAGGGAUGUGUUGGUGAACGGCGACCGCCGUUGGAUCACGCAGCUGCACUUCGCCUUCCAGGACGAGAACUACCUGUACCUGGUCAUGGAAUACUACGUGGGCGGGGACCUGCUAACGCUGCUGAGCAAGUUUGGGGAGCGGAUCCCAGCCGAGAUGGCGCGCUUCUACCUGGCCGAGAUUGUCAUGGCCAUAGACUCAGUGCACCGGCUGGGCUACGUGCACAGGGACAUCAAACCGGACAAUAUCCUGCUGGACCGCUGUGGCCACAUCCGCCUGGCGGACUUUGGCUCCUGCCUUAAACUGCGGGCGGAUGGAACGGUGUGGUCUCUGGUAGCCGUGGGGACCCCAGACUACUUGUCUCCCGAGAUCCUGCAGGCUGUGGGCGGUGGAUCCGGGACAGGCAGCUACGGGCCAGAGUGUGACUGGUGGGCACUGGGCGUGUUCGCCUAUGAAAUGUUCUACGGGCAGACGCCCUUCUACGCCGACUCCACCGCUGAGACCUACGGCAAGAUCGUGCACUACAAGGAGCACUUGUCUCUGCCCCUGGCAGACACUGGGGUCCCUGAGGAGGCUCGGAACCUCAUCCAGGGGCUGCUGUGUCCCCCGGAGGUACGGCUGGGCCGGGAUGGAGCAGAGGAUUUCCGGAAACAUCCUUUCUUCUUUGGCCUUGACUGGGAAGGCCUUCGUGACAGCAUGCCCCCCUUCACCCCGGACUUCGAGGGUGCCACCGACACGUGCAACUUCGACGUGGUGGAGGACGGGCUCACUGCCAUGGUGAGCGGGGGCGGGGAGACGCUGUCGGAUGUGCAGGAAGGCGUACCGCUGGGGGUGCACCUGCCUUUCGUGGGCUUCUCCUACUCCUGCUUGGCCCUCAGGGACAAUGAGGUCCCAGACCCCACACCCAUGGAACUGGAGGCCCAGCAGUUGCCUGAGCCACAUGUGCAGGUGCCCAGUAUGGGGCCCACAGUGUCCCCAACAGAAGCAACAGCUGAAGUGGCAGAUCCACCAGCUGCCCCUGCAGCAGAGGAGACAGCGGCAGGGGAGGAGGUGACCCUGCGGGAGCUCCAGGAAGCCCUGGAGGAGGAGGUGCGCACCCGGCAGAGCCUGAGCCGGGAGCUGGAGGCCAUCCGCAGCACCAACCAGAACUUUGCCAGUCAGCUGCUCGAGGCCGAGGCCCGGAAUCGAGACCUGGAGGCGCACGUUCGGCAGCUGCAGGAGCGGAUGGAGCUGCUGCAGGGCCCGGGAGCCGCAGCUGUCAGGGGGGUCCCCAGUCCCCGGGCCACGGAUGCACCUUCCCAUCUAGAUGGCCCCUCGGCCGUGGCUCUGGGCCAGUGCCCGCUGGUGGGGCCAGGCCCCAUGCACCGCCGCCACCUGCUGCUCCUUGCCAGGGUCCCUAGGCCUGGCCUACCCGAGGCGCGUUGCCUGCUCUUGUUCGCCGCUGCUCUGGCUCCUGCCACGGCCCUGUGCUCCUUUGGGUUCGUGGCCCGUGCGGGCCAUCUCGCCCCAGCCUGGCGUCGCUCGGGAGCAGCCUUCGCCCCCUGAACCCUAGAACCCCAGACAGUCCUCGACUCAGGCCCGGUUGGUGGCUGAGUGACCCGGGGACGGCAGAAGCCGCUCCCACCGCGUCCCCGCCCGCACUCGGCGCGAGAGUCCGCGCCCAGCUUCUGUCCCGUGAUCCGGGCCCGCCCCCUGGCGGCCGGGGAAGGAGGAGCGGGCUUGUGCUGGCCAACGGGGUUCGCGGGCGGCUAGCGCCCAGAAACGCCGCUGGUGGAGACCCCGGCGGCCACCUCUUCCCCAGCCAGGCUGAGGCCCCGACGUGGACAAGCGGACUGGGUUCUGAGAAGGCAGCAGGCGGGGCGUGGCCACCCGAUUGUCACCCUGCACACAGCCCUCCUGCCGUCGGCUCCCAAACCACAAAUCCCCCUGCGCAUGAGCUCCGGGAACGAGCUAUUCCUGCGGCCUCUGCCUGCUCUCGGGAAUCUUGUGCUUUCGCAAGCCUUGCUUUUCGGGGACUCCUGCGACCCCUUUCUCACCUAUGCUGCUCUCGGAGUCACAGCUGGCUUUCCCGGCCUGGGUGGCUUGAAUAUUUAUUGACCUUGUCCUCCGACCCGCUGACAGGCUCCCGGACCCCAUCACCCUAGUCCACGUUUUGGAUGCACUGAAACUCGACAUUCCUCGGUAUUUAUUGUCUGUCCACACCUAGAACCCCA